UUUUGUUGUUGUUACAGGCUGUUCGUGAUCCAGCUCAGGUGCCUUCACUAGGGGCUUACAGCCGGACUGUAAGGAGAGGCAGUUGGUGAUUUUGCUGCCCAGGAGAUGAACUUUUGUCACUUAAGCACGAAGAAUUGCUAGGACAAGCCUUGCUAUGACACUAUUCUCUGAAAUCAUCAGCCAGUCUUGGUGUCAAGUCAUCUUGAGGCAAGUGAGAGACAGACUGAAGCAGCAAGUUCUUGAGAUGAAAGAGAAAUUUCCAGGCUUCAGACCGGGACUCGCAAUUUUGCAGGUUGGAAAUCGGGAUGAUUCGAACCUCUACAUCAAUAUGAAGCUGAAGGCUGCUGCUGAGAUUGGGAUCAGUGCCAAUCACAUAAAACUGCCAAACACAGCAACAGAAGCUGAUGUGCUCAAGUGCAUUGCCUCUUUGAAUGCAGACCCUGCUGUUCAUGGCUUUAUAGUGCAGCUGCCACUCGACUCCGACAAACCCAUCAACACGGAAAAGAUAACCAAUGCUGUUGCACCUGAGAAGGAUGUGGAUGGCUUAAGUAGCAUCAAUGCUGGGAAACUCUCUAGAGGGGACCUCGGAGACUGCUUUAUUCCGUGCACGCCAAAGGGAUGCAUGGAACUUAUCAGGCAGACAGGUGUCCAGGUCACAGGGAAAAGAGCCGUAGUGAUCGGUCGCAGUAAGAUCGUUGGUGCUCCCAUGCACGACCUGCUGCUCUGGAAUAACGCAACAGUCACCACCUGCCAUUCCAAGACCUCCACCCUGGCUGAGGAGGUUGGCAAAGCUGAUAUCCUGGUGGUUGCAGCUGGUAAAGCUGAAAUGGUAAAAGGUGAAUGGAUCAAACCUGGAGCAAUUGUAAUAGACUGUGGAAUUAACCAUGUGCCAGACAGCACAAAGGCCAGUGGAAAAAGAGUUGUGGGAGAUGUGGCGUACAAUUCAGCAAAGGAAAAAGCUUCCUACAUCACCCCAGUUCCUGGUGGCGUUGGGCCCAUGACUGUGGCCAUGUUAAUGCAGAGCACAGUGGAGAGUGCACAGCGUUUUCUGGAGAAGUUCCAACCUGGAAAAUGGACCAUCCAAUACAACCAGCUUAACCUAAAGAUGCCUGUUCCAAGUGAUAUUGAAAUCUCACGGUCUUGCGUACCCAAACCCAUUGAACAAGUUGCAAGUGAAGUUGGCCUGCUCCCUGAUGAGGUGGAGCCCUAUGGCCAGACCAAAGCCAAGGUCCAGCUGUCAGCUCUGAAUCGUCUGAAGAACCAGCCAGAUGGCAAAUACGUUGUUGUUACUGGGAUAACUCCCACUCCUUUGGGAGAGGGGAAGAGCACCACCACUGUUGGCCUUGUUCAAGCCUUGGGAGCUCACCUUCACCAGAAUGUCUUUGCCUGUGUUCGGCAGCCUUCUCAGGGGCCAACUUUUGGUAUAAAAGGUGGAGCUGCAGGUGGUGGCUACUGUCAGGUUGUCCCCAUGGAAGAGUUUAACCUUCACCUCACUGGUGACAUCCAUGCUAUCACUGCAGCCAACAACCUGGUCGCUGCUGCUAUUGACGCACGUAUGUUCCAUGAGCUGACUCAGUCUGACCAGGCUCUCUACAACCGUUUGGUGCCUUCUGUCAAUGGUGUUAGGAAGUUCUCAGACAUUCAGAUCCGAAGACUACAGAAACUGGGCAUUAACAAAACUGAUCCCGCAGCUUUGACAAAGGAAGAAAUAAAUGCAUUUGUGAGAUUGGACAUUGACCCGGGCACCAUAACAUGGCAAAGAGUACUGGAUACAAAUGACAGGUUCCUUAGGAAAAUCACUAUUGGACAGUCUCCAACAGAGAAAGGCUUCUCACGAACGGCUCAGUUUGACAUCACUGUAAGCAGUGAAAUCAUGGCAGUCCUAGCGCUGGCUGAUGGGCUGGAUGAUAUGAAAAAGCGAUUCGGCAGAAUGGUCGUAGCCUCCAGCAAGAAAGGACAACCAGUUACAGCAGAUGACCUUGGAGUGACUGGAGCUCUGGCUGUCUUGAUGAAAGACGCUAUUAAGCCAAACCUCAUGCAGACUCUAGAGGGAACACCAGUGUUUGUUCAUGCUGGACCUUUUGCCAAUAUUGCACAUGGGAAUUCCUCUGUGUUGGCAGACAAAAUAGCACUGAAGCUUGUGGGUAAAGAUGGUUUUGUUGUUACAGAAGCAGGAUUUGGUGCAGACAUAGGCAUGGAGAAAUUCUUUGAUAUUAAGUGCCGCUACUCUGGUCUCCGGCCUCACGUGGUGGUGUUGGUUGCUACUGUCCGAGCUCUGAAAAUGCACGGAGGAGGGCCUACAGUCACUGCUGGGGUACCUUUACCGAAGGAAUACACAGAAGAGAACCUUCAACUGUUGGCAAAUGGCUGCAGUAAUCUAAACAAGCAAAUCCAAAAUGCACGGCUGUUUGGUGUCCCAGUAGUUGUGGCUGUCAAUGCUUUCAAGACGGAUACAAAGGCUGAACUGGCCCUUGUAGUACAGAAGGCGAAGGAGGCAGGAGCAUUCGAUGCUGUAGAGUGCACUCACUGGGCAGAGGGAGGGAAAGGAGCGCUGGCACUGGCCCGAGCUGUUCAGAGAGCAUCCCAGGCACCCAGCAACUUCAGGUUCCUCUAUAACCUGGAGCUCCCUGUUGUAGAUAAGAUCAGGCUUAUUGCCCAGCAGGUCUACGGGGCAAGAGACAUUGAGCUACUUCCAGAAGCACAGGAGAAAGUCGCCAUCUACACUAAGCAAGGAUUUGGAAACCUGCCAAUCUGCAUGGCUAAAACUCACUUAUCGUUGUCUCAUGACCCUGAACAAAAAGGAGCACCUACAGGUUUUGUUCUGCCGAUCCGAGACAUUCGGGCCAGUGUUGGAGCUGGAUUCCUGUAUCCACUGGUGGGAACGAUGAGCACUAUGCCAGGACUUCCUACAAGACCCUGUUUCUAUGAUAUAGACUUGGACCCAGUGUCAGGAGGAGUAAAUGGGCUCUUCUGAAAGGAAUAAUUAACCAAAGCUCCCAGAAGAACACCUGAUGAAUCAUGUAAAUGGAACUUGUGCCCUGAUCUUUUUUUUUUAAGUCAGAACAAGAUAUGACUGAGAAUGUAGUGAAAGAACUGACUGGAAGGAGGAGUGCUGAAGAAUCGACUACUAGCUUUUAAUCUGUAAUAAUUUUUGUACUGCUGCAUUCCAAGCUAGUCCACACUGAGCAUAUAAACAACACUUCCUCUACAGACCUCCCGCUUCUAAAUUGUAGCUGAAGCAGAAUACAGAAGCUUGGGUUUAGUGACCUCUUUUGAUUCAGUGACAUGAUUUUAAUAAUUAAAAAUCCUAAAGCUGGAGCUCUUUGAAACAGUCUUGGGACUUAAUUGUCUUAACCAUAGGGGUUUUGUAGCAUAUAUUAUCUUUGAAAGCCUUGUACACUGCCGUUUCCCAUUUGCCAUCCUGAGUUCUCUGUUCCACUUCUCGCACUGAGGGGGAAACCGCUGUGCUCUGAAACUGCGCCAGUGUCAUUUAAAAGAGGGAGCAGGGAGGAAUCCCCUUCGCUCCUCAUCUCUCUCCGGAAGUGCUUGCCCUGCCUUCUGCUAUGAAUCAUUCCUGCAGGCACCUGAGCCAUGUCAGAUUUCCCUGUUAGAAAGCCCAGCUGUGACUACUAUAUUUUACUGCUAAUGGAAUGAAACCUGGAUAUCGGAGGUGAAGGGACUGGAUCUCUGGCCCAUAACUGUGGCUGUACCAACUGUGUCUUUUGCCUCAUUUUAUACUCAACAAUAAGUGCAGUUACACCACUGACAAGCCUUUUUUCCAAAGGUACCUUUUUGGUGAAGAGAGACAAUGCAAAUAGUGAUCAAGUGAGUGGUAGCAGGUUUUGUCCACAGGCCAAAAAUCAUUUUGUAACAUGAAGAUAGUGUUGCUGCCGAUUUUUUUAAACUAAUACGAAUAAACUGGCAAAUACUUCAACUUUUUGGGUUUUAAUGUAUGCAUUGAGAUUACUGAAUUAGAACUUAUUUCUGUGAUUAACUGCACAGAAGCAGCAAUCCUUGUAUUGACAAGUAGGAGUGAUUAUUGCAGUAAUAAGUUGCCUGCAAUGCACCAGGGGGUGUGUGUGCAUUUAAUCUGGUUUCCUUCCCUAGAUGAUGUAUGUCAUCUGUAGGAAAUAAACUACCUGAAUUAUUCGAUGAA